UCUUUGGCACUAAUCUUGCUACUCGCAAUUGAUCGUUAUUGAAUUAUCUACAAUAAGUUUUGAGUGUUUGGUGUUCAUAGUGGAUUUAUUAGUAAACUAUUGUGAAACUUUCGUAUAAAUAAUUAAGCAGAAAUUAAUUACCGGUGAUAGUACCAGGCUGAUAUCAACGGUAUAAUAAAAUGAUUGAAUGCAGCUUCAAGUGGAGUUUCGUGUCGAUUUCGAAUAUCAUACAGCCACUUGCCGACGGGAAAUUAGAUAAUAAAUGCUGUUUAAAAAGAAACCCUGCCUAGUAUUUCAAUAUGUUCGUGAACCCGCGUGAAAUGUUUAUUUUAAUUAUAAUUGUGGUUUUAGUGAGUAUUGUUAAAGGGGACAAUGCACAUUUAAGCAAUUACUCAAAUUCAGUGGUGAGUUGCCACGAACGCGGAGGUCUUAUUACAUUGAAAAUGCUUAAAUUCAAUGGAUUAUUCAACAUAACCGGUGAACUUGAUACAAACAACGAUGUGUUAAAGGACGGGGAAUCCGUAUGGGUACAAGGACAUGCUCAAACAGGACCAUAUAUAGCUCUCCAUACUUGCAUGAAGUUUACCAACCAGAAUAAACACCUGUUUGCAGGGAUCAGGACAUUUCAUUCUAACAUCCUUUACGAAUGCAGCGUGUUCUGUGAUCAUAUUUUACACUCGACGGGAUAUGUAGGCAUUUACAAAUAUUCAUGUUUUUGCAUAUAUUUUUCAUUCAGAUUUCCACAUAUACCGGAGUGUCUAGACAGUGACUUCAUGGACACACACAAUAGGAUAAUCGUUUUUAGAAUGAUUGGGAACAUGCAUUUGAACGUCCAUUCAAAAUCAGCAAAUUUCAACUGCCUUGCGGCUUCGUUUCCGGAAAGUGGAAAUCCAUCGUACUAUAACACUAAAUGUGCAUCUCCGUUAUAUGGCAUAUGCACACAACGUGUUGAUAGUGAUCUUAGUAAAAAAUGUCAACGUACGCUUGGCGAAUUUUGUUUCAACGAAGGAAAAAGUACAUUCCUUGAGCAUUACCGAAAGUGUUGGCUACACAACGGGACCCUUAUACCGUUUUUUUCAGGCAUCACCGUAUCGUUAAAUGAUUCAGUAAUGCUUGGCAGUUUUCGGGCUGUCAAAGCUGUAGAAGAUGAUUGCAAAAGCAAUGAUUCUUGCGCAUGUUUAUCAAUCACUCAAUUCAAUGGAACCAUUUAUAUAGAGACAGAGAAUUGUUCAAAUGAAAAUGCAUUUUUUUGUAUGGAUGAUUUACAAGAAGUAUCUAACAUUGACGAAUCGCAGACAAAAUAUGGUGUAAUAAGACACACUGUGCCCGUUUGUGUUGAUACAAAAGGUAUUCCUGCAUUUGCAUUUAUCAUUAUUUUUAUUGGUAUAAUUAUUUGUAUUACGUUCCCUGGUUUAUCAAAAUGGUUUAUCAGAGGCAAUUCACAGAAAAAAACAAACAAAAAACACAGUUGAGCCUUAAGCCAGGUCGCCUAAAGGUGAGAUGAAAGAAGAGAAAAUUCCACGAAUGAUAAUAUAAUAAUUACCAAAUCAGAAUAUACCACAGUGUGCCCAAUUAGCACAGAAAUCUUGUCAAACAUUGUUUAAUAUGUGUUCUUCCAAUAUUGUCGAAAUAUGGACAAAUAUAUAUAUAAUGGAAUAAGACUUCUUUAUCUUUUGAGUUAAAACAGAAUAUUUCUAAACGUUGGAUUCAAUUUCGGUUAUAUCUAGACUAUUGAUUCUAUACAUCCAUAUACGCUUUAUUUACACCAACCGAUUGCUUUCUUACAACCACUUUAUACAUAGAAUCAACCAGUGAUUUCCUUAACAACGCCUAACUUACUAAGCAACCUUUGAUUUCCUUACCAACCAUUGACUUACUUAGCGACCACUUACUUCCUUAGCAGCAAGUAACCCUAUAAGGAACCACUGACUUCCUUAGCAACACAUGUCCUCAUUAGCAACUACCUAAAUCCAUAGCAACCUAUGACUUUCUAAGCAUACAAUGACUUUCUUUCCUACAAAUGACAACCUUAGCAUAUACCUACAUUACAACAUAGUAUACAUAGUGACAAAUCGCUUCCUUAGCAAUCUUAUAAUUCCCGAUCAUCCACAAACUUCCUUGGUAACUAAUGACUUCUUUAGCAGCCAAAGACUUUCAAAGAAACCAAUUACUUCCUAGCAACUACUCACAUCUACGCCAAAGGUCAGGAUUAGCUCAGAGCGGAGGCAGUCAAAUCAAUUAUGUAGGAACACAAUCAAAGUAACAAUAAUGUUUUCAAACAAUGAAAUUAUUUUUUUCCCAUUAUUUUCUACAUGAGGUUUACAUAAAAAAAGAAACAAAUAUGAUGUUUUGUAAUCAUUUUAAUGUUGAAUACAUCUUACAAAAACUAACCCAGACACCCACAAAGACAGACACGCACGCACGCACGAACGCACACACACACACACACACACACACACACACACACGCAAACGCGCGCGCCGACACAAAAACUCAUUCACACGUAGUUACACACCCACAGAGUGAUGUCUCUUUUUUCAUGAAAAUUAUUUUUUUGAAUUAUUUAAAAAAGUUAUUUUUGAUUGCUAUUGUUGCGGCUACUGAUGUCAUUUUUUAAAUCAAUCAUAUAAGAUAUCAAGUACUCUCCAUUUUUGUUUGUGGGCCUAAUAUUUGUCAUGAUUAAAUGGUAUUUGUUCUUCUAUUUGUAUUCUUAGCUUAAGUAUGCAUCAAACGACAAUAUUAUAUUGUUACAUUUUGCUGAGUGUAAUAACUUCGUAAAAUUUCAUUAAUACAAUUAGGAAGUUACAAACAUUUGUGUGUGUGAUUGUACCUACUAUUCCCAGUAACACCUCGCGUUUACCUAUGUUUAUAUUUAUUGUCGUUGAUGCAAUAAAUUUACACAAUUUGUUCCAUAAUUGUUGUACUCUACUACAUUCCCAAUAUAAAUGUUCAAUUCACUCUACACUCGAGUAGCAAAAUGUGCAUGGACUGCAAUCGACAAGUUUUAAUUUAUAGAGUAAUUUGUUUGUGGGUAUUAUUCUAUUCAUAAAUUUAUAAUAAAAACUACGCAAGGUCAUAUUUAUUGUUGAUUUGUAUUUACUACCGUAUAUUUUGAUCCAAUCUAAUUGCUCAUUUCCGAUUUCAUGUGUUCGUUCCAUUUCAUUUCUGAGGUUGGACGGAUAGAUGUUUGGGUCAGUAUUGAGUAAAGAAAUUUGUUUGUUUGUACUGAUUUUGUAACUUUUCCAUUUAGUGUUAUGAUUUCUGUAAGGGUGAUGCCGUCUUUGAUUAAUUGCAUCGUUAUAUGUUGUUGCACGGAACGAAUAACAGUUUGAUAUUUUAUGAAAGCAUUACCAUUUAUAUUGUAAAGGAACCUCAUUUAAUUGUAUUCAUUAUAUUUGUUUGUUCUAGCCAAGUAUAUGUUCAAGAUAUACAAUGCCCUUUUCAAACCAUUCGUAUUUAUAAGUGUUUGAUUUAUUUCACUUUCAAAGAUUAAUUCAUUUCCGUAAGGCAUCAGUUUCUUAUGAAAGUAUAUUUUCCAUUGUCUUUUGUUCCUGACGUCUACAUAUAUUUUUAACCAAACAACCUUUAAUGACUCAAGUAAGUUUUCAAUAUUUGUUAACUUUUGUCCACCAUUUCCAAGUUUUUGGUAUAAUAUUUCCCUUUUGAUCGUGUGUGCUUUUUUCCGUCCAAAAUGAAAUUGAAAAUGUCUCUUUUUUACUGGGAUUUGAUAAGAAUAUGAAUGGAUAUGUAAGUUUUGGUAAUGUUUUUGUUUUUACCAGAGUUACUUUACCCAUGAGAGUAAGUAUUCUGUGUUCCCAUUCGUUUUGUGUUUAAUGAAAUUCUUCUUUUAUGAAUAUUCUCAUCUAUUGUGUUUUGUCUAUUAUUAUUUACGGUUAUACCUAAAGCUGUGGAACAUUCUGAAGUCCAAAUAUAAAUAAUAUUUUUGCACAAUUUUAGUGUUGUAUUUUUUAAUGUACACACUCUCAUAAUUAUUGACUUGUUCAUGUUGAGGUUUAGACAAGAACAUUUUGAAAAUAAGUCUAAUGUGUUAAUGAAAGAUUCAAAUUAUUUUUCUGAACCGUUAUUAAAGAAGGUUAGGUCAUCAGCAAACAAUGAUUGUUUGAUUUCUGUGUUGCAAACCUUUAUCCCUUUUUUAUCUGAGUUUUGAUUUACAUGGUAUUUUUUAUAGCUGUUUUG